CCCACAAAAGACCAAGGAGAUGUGCCCCACUCACCGGCUCGGCACUUUCUCAAGAUGGAAGGGACCAAGCUUUCGGCCCAGACUUGCGGCUCCGCGGCUCCGGACGACCGGCGGCGGCGGUCAAACAGCACCGGAUGGAACUAGGGGUACCGGGCCGACGUUUCAGUCACAGCAACAGAAUUGAGAAAAACAAUCGUUCACCGUAUUGAUUGUUGCAAUUGGAG